GGUGAUCUCAGCGCGGGAGAGGGGAAGACCGAUACUAAACACACCGCCGAGCAAUAACUUCGGCGAGUUCGGGAUGGCUCGUGCCUAGAAGAAGGAUGAGAAGGUCUCAAAACACAGAAAGCACAACAAACCAGAGAAAAUCUUGAUUCCUGCACCGUUCAGCAUUGCUAGGCCAUGGAAGGGGGAGGAAAGAUAUGACGAGCGAUCCAAUCGAUCGGGGAACGUGCGUGAUUGGCUAUUGCGGUUUUCUCUUCGCCGGAACCACAGCAUAGUCUUGGCUUCACAAAAUGUUGUCUUCACAUAGAAUAUAUUCAAACUAGAGUACACAGCAGUAUCGACGAGGCAAAUUGACUCGACAACGAGAUGUUUUGAAGGUGGAAAAUGAGAAGAUGUGCCAUCAUCGGAGUUCCAAACCGACUCUUUCUUCUCUCACUCCACUCGAAUAUGGCUCUCAGUUUCAUUGGCAAACCUAUAUCUCUCAUUUCUCACUCUGAUGUUCGUUACCGUGGUAUUCUGGCCGGGAUCGACCCGCAAGCGUCCACCAUUCAACUCUCUAAUGUCUUCUCUAUGGGCACCGAGACUCGUCGACCCGUCGAAGAAUACAUUCCACCCGUUCAAGAACCGUACCAAUACAUCAUUUUCCGCGCGUCCGAAGUAAAGGAUCUUUCGGUCGACGAGACGCCCAUAGCUCGUCAUAGCGUGCAUGACGAUCCUGCUGUCAUUGGGGCCUCAACGCAAGGCGCUCCAUCCGCUCCAACUUCUCAGCCUCCUCCUUCAUACGCUCAACAAGCUGCCGGUCCCAUUUCUGCAACAGUAGCCACUCAACCGGCGCCAUCGCGUGGUCAAGAAAGCCGUCCCCGGCAACAAGCUCAAAGUCCAAUCCACACUGCCUCGGCAUCUCUCGAGACUGUUGGACGUGCCAUGGCUGAUCUACGUGUUUCCAAUACAGCUAACCCCAACGGGCGUAGGCAACGCACACGGCGGCCUGAGGGAUCUCCCGCUACUCCAGGCACUGUUUCGGUCCCCGCCUCGGACUUUGAUUUUGCGAGCAUGAAUGCAAAGUUCGAUAAGGCUGCUGUGGGUGCAAGGGUGAAUUCGUCGACGCCAGGGAGCGAUCGGACGAAUCCAAGUGACGAGGAGGAAACAGGCAAGGAUGGGUCUAGUUCCGCAUACAAUCCCGGGAGAUCCUUCUUUGAUUCGCUUUCGCCGGCACCUGUAGGACCCCAGCGUGGCCGGGGUGGAGGAGGAGGAGGACCUGGACGUGGUCGAGGACGAGGUGGAUACGGCUUCAGUCGAAGAGAGGAGGAGCGUGAGCGCAACGUUGCCACCUUCGGAGAACCUGGAGGCGUCGGAUUGAUGGGCCCAGGAGCUUACGUUGGCGGAUGGGGCGGAUACGGAGGUGCCUACGCACGACCGCCUCCAGUCCGCCCUUUGCUUGGCGGUCUUGAUGCCUGGAUGGACCCCUCCGUGAAGCAACCUGAUACCAGCACGCGCGGGAAUGGUGUUCCAACGAACGGAGACCAAUUCGUUGAAAGUCCGGAUCAAACGUCCGAGGAGGAGGUAGAGACUGAAAGCGAGGAGGACCAAACUGAGGACGAGGCCAAGGAUGAGGGCGAAGAGAAAGAAGUGGAGUAUGAGGCAGAGGAUGAGGAUGAGGAAGGGGAAGAGGAAGAGGAAGAGGACGAUGAAGAGGACGAUGAAGAGCCUGCGCUUAAGUACGAACGAAUAGCUGGCUCACUACCCGACCUGCUCAAGAAAGAUACCGCGUCCACAAUGUGCGUAUCCAAGUCUCUCAUGGCAUUAGGCACACACGCUGGAAUUGUUCACGUUCUCGAUCUUGGCGGCAACCGACUCAAAUCUUAUAAACCUCACAUGGCGUCAAUCAUUGACAUUGUGAUGGAUGAAACUGCAGAAUACGUCGGGACUGCCUCUUUGGACGGACAAGUCGUUAUUCACUCUCAAUCCGAGUCGUAUAAUUUUGAUUUGAAGAGGCCGAUGCGCACAAUAGCACUGGAACCAGGCUUCGCCAAGAAAACGAGUAGAGCAUUUGUAUGCGGUGGGAUGGCGGGUAACCUGGUAUUACAUGAGAAAGGCUGGUUAGGACAUAAGGAGACAAUGCUACACGCGGGAGAGGGUCCUAUUUGGCAAGUCCGAUGGAGGGGGAGGCUAAUAGCGUGGGCCAAUGAUGUGAUCCAGGGUGUCAAAAUCUACGACACAGUCUCUCAGACGAGAAUCACAUUCAUCGACCGGCCAGCAGAUAGCCCGCGGCCUGAUCUAUUCAAAUGCACCUUGCAUUGGCAAGACGACUCGACUCUGAUCAUUGCAUGGGCAGAUUAUAUCAAGGUGGCGCGCAUUCGCGCGAGGCCCAGAGCAAACACAUCGGCUGCUUCGGCCAAUCUCCCUCCCUUGCUCACCGAAAUCACGGUCGCCCUGAAAGUCGACUGUAUGAUCGCUGGCUUAGUACCCCACCCGAUGGUAACACCUGCUAGCAGCAGCUCGGACGGAACGCAUUCGACACUGACUUGUUUCCUGGUCAUGGCAUAUACACCUCCAGAUACAUCUUUCAGAAUCGAGCGUGCUGAAGGGAAGGCUGAACAGGCGAGAAAGGCUGCGGAUCGGCCUGAGCUGCGGAUCGUAUCUCCUGCCGGGGAGGAGCUCGCGGCCGAUGCAAUCAGCAUAACCAAUUAUCAGGCUUGGGGGUGCAACGAUUAUGUGCUCGCCGAAGUCGGAAACGACGUGUCCGGCGCUGAUGAAGCCCGUUGUUAUGUGGUGUUGAGUCCAAGAGACAUCGUCAUUGUGAAGCGAAGGGACAGACGGGACCAUGUUUCAUGGCUGGUGGAACGGAAGCGGUACGAAGAGGCCCUUGCGGAGGUGGAGAAGCUUGAACUGGACGGAAACCACCACGCUGAAGUCAAUGCAACGGAAAUCGGGCAGCGAUACAUCCAGCAUUUGUUUAGCGAAGGCGAUUAUGUUGGUGCUGCACGGUUGACUCCGAAAGCGAUUAUUCCCUUUGUGCCGACGGAAACACCACAAUUAGAUCACCUCGUGUAUGAGAUGAUUCUGGCCCAUUUCCUGUCCCACGAUCGCAAGACACUGCUGCAAACUGUGAUGGAGUGGCCGCGCGACAUCUACGACUUGCCUGCCGUGAUUGUAGCUGUGAAUGCAGAACUGGAGCGCACCAGUCCGUCAACCGACUCGGUUGUUCUCAUGGAAUGCCUCGCUGAGCUAUACAUGGCCAACCGCCAACCGGGGAAAGCCCUGACGUUCUUUCUCCGAUUACGGCGUCCGAACGUUUUUGACCUCAUCAGGGACAACAAUCUGUUCACGGAUGUCCAAGACCAGGCGCUACUGCUCGUCGAAUUCGAUCAUGAGCUCAUGGAGAAAAGGAAAGCGGACAAGCAGGAAGUCGGACCGAGUCAGGCGAUUGCGUUGCUCGUUGAUCACAUACAUUCCAUCCCUGUCGACCGAGUGGUCAAGCAACUGAGUGCUCGGCCGUAUUUCUUGUUCUUGUACCUUGACGCACUCAACACCGUGGACCCAUUGACGGCGGCUGCGUUUGCGGACAUCCUGGUCAAGCUGUAUGCCGAGUUUGCGACACAGCAAUUGAUCGUGUUUCUCCGCGCUAGCAACGACUACAACCCCGAGAAUGCCUACAAAGUAUGUGAAGAGGGCAAUCUGGUCCCGCAGAUGGUGUUUCUGUUGGGUAGGAUGGGGAACAACAAGAAGGCGCUCACACUGAUCAUCGAACGACUCGGAGACGUCAAACAAGCCAUCGAUUUUGCCAAAGAGCAAAAUGACGAUGAUCUCUGGGAGGAUCUUCUGAAGUAUUCGGAGGCGCGACCAGCAUUCAUAAAAGGUCUUCUGGAGAAUGUCGGUGCUGAGAUCAGCCCUGUGCGGCUGAUUCGACGGAUCAAGAAUGGACUCGAGAUUCCUGGCCUCAAAGAGUCACUCAUCAAGAUUCUGCAAGAUUUUCAUCUGCAGAUUUCGCUCUUGGAUGGUUGUCAGACGAUUUUGAACGGGGAUAGCUCCGACUUUGCUCGGAAGUUGCAUAAGGACCAGACAAGCGGGUUCUUCUUCACUUCGAAAUCGACGUGCUCGAUCUGCGAUCGUUCGCUACAGGAGAAUCCGCAGACGCUGCUUCUGCUGUUUCUCUGUCGUCACGUUGUGCAUGCUCACUGCACAAGCGGUGCUGAGCACAUUCCAGAGCAGCCAGAUGCUCUGUUGAGGGGCGCAGGCAUCUCCGAGAGGGGCAUGAGCGCCAAGAUUGCCUUCGAGUCUGUUGUGCGGGCCCGACUAGACCAGGGAUGUCCCGUGUGUCGUAAACGAGCAGAGGGCUCGCGGACUUGAACUUACUUAUACCAUCGUUCGUGCUCAUUCCAUACCCUCAAGAAUGUUAAAAGUCGGUACUAUCAUCCAUGUUCUGUGUCGUCCGAGACCCUGAAAUGGUCUGGCUUGCGCAUGUUCGCUCUACGAUUCAAGUUGUCCGUGACAAGCAAGCCACGCCCACUCG